AUGAUUAUUCUCGAUGAAGACCAGGAGCAGUUCCCCAAGAUCGCUAGCCCCCCGCCCGCUCACCCAGUGGCUAGGCGGCCUGGGACCCCGACACCGUCGCUUCCAGACUACGAGACCUCACAGGAGCACGAGAAUCUGAAAACGCCCUUCCAUGUAAAGCCCAGGUCGAGGAGGUGGAGGUGGUUCAUAUACGGCCUUGUCGCGUAUUUUGUGGUGACCGUAGCCAUCGGCGUGCCCCUGAUCGUAGUGAAAACACGACAUGAUAGUGAAAGCUACAAAACCCCAAACGUACUCUACCCCUCGCCGCCGCAGUUGGGCAGUAAUUCAUCAACAGGGUUCAAUCUGGGAGCGACGCCGGUUCCUGUCGACUCGGCGACGCAAUGCAACUCGUGGGACUUUAAGGAUCAGUGGCAGGAUGGAGUCUUACAAGCCCACUUGGAGUACUAUCUACCGGUGACGCCGACGAUUUUUGUGCAGUCGAACGUUUCGUGUGUGCCGUCUCUAGUGGGGCCCGUUACGGGUUCACUCACUGUGGGCAUCAAUCCCAACUCUACCAAUCCGCGGGCUACCGUGGAUGUCCUCAUGUCGUAUACUGGGACAGAUAUUCGAGAGCAGACAAGUGUCUGCCUCAUGAAUCUCGCCGGGUCUGAUGGGCUGUAUAUUUAUGUCCCUUCCAACCUCACAGCACCGGACCAUCUGGACUUUAACAUCACGUUCCUCUUCCCCAAUACCUCGACACCGCAGUAUAUUGCGAACUUCCUCACCUCCUUGCCUUACUUCUCACAACACAUCGAAGCAUUGAGUCCUCGUAUCACGUUCGGCAAUGCGGCGCUGAUCGGAAUGAGCUCUAAUAUCACGAUUGCAAAUAUGCAGGCCGAGGCCCUGCUGAUCCGGAGCCCAUACUCAGACAUUGACGGCAUGUUCAAUAUCACAGGAGACUCCUCAUGA